UCCGCGAGAAGAUGGAAAUGACCUUCAUAUAUCGGCAAGCAAUGGUCAACGAUGAAGCCAAAUCAUCAGAUGUCUUCUUGGUCUUCCCACGAUUUCUGGACACACCAGGACUGAUAGAACAAGAUUUCAGACUUAUGUUUGGUGAGACCACGGCCAACAAAUUCUUGGAGAAGUGGCCAACCACUUUCAAAGCAAAAGUAAUAAAGGAAAGUCACGGACUUGUACCCACCACAGAGCUCUUGGAUUUGAUCCACAAUGCUGAGUCAGCUGCUGAAGUUGAGAAUGGCUGGGACAGUGACAUGUCCGCCAUCUUGCUGCUGCUACAUUUGCUACCACCAUCUGCACAAGGUAGAAAGAGGCCGGGAAAGCUGUCUGCAUAUCAAGCUGUAGAUCAGCUCAUCAGAUUUCAAAAGGUUGGAACCAGUGUGCAGCAACAUCUAGAUAACAUCACCCAAAGCAGUCAGCCCUACCUUCUCGCCCAGGGAUCCACACAGAGCACCAUUCACUCAUACUUCAUUGUGGUUGACAAGCAUGCACUUCCAUGCAAGGCAACAGGUUCAGUUGGAGUUUUUGACGAACUCUUUAAAGCCCAUUACGUCUUUGGUACGUCAUACAGUUUUUCUCUGAGCAGCUUUUUCACUUUUGUGCAAACAACCAUUUAUAACAUCGACAUGGGGGAAACAAAGGAGACUCCUAGAGUUGCAGAGUUGCGAGCAAGAAUGGUGCAUUAG